AUGGAGGGCGAGGGGGUGCCGUGGGCCAGCGAGCCCGUGUCGGGCCCCGGCCCGGGAGGCGGCGGAAUGAUCCGGGAGCUGUGCCGGGGCUUCGGCCGCUACCGCCGCUACCUGGCCCGGCUGCGGCAGAACCUGCGCGAGACCCAGAAGUUCUUCCGCGACAUCAAGUGCUCCCACGGCCGCGGCAGCCCCCCCGCCCCCGCGGGCGGCAGCGGGGCCGAGCCGGGCCCUGCCGGCGACGUCGCGGAGGCGGGCCUGCUGAGCUGCAUUUCCUUCCCACCUAAGGAAGAAAAGUACCUCCAGCAGAUGGUGGACUGCCUCCCCUGCAUCUUAAUCCUCGGCCAGGACUGUAAUGUCAAGUGCCAGAUGUUGAACCUGCUCUUGGGGGUGCAGGUGCUUCCUACCAACAAGUUGGCCAUUGAGGAGAGCUGUAAGCUCCGCCGCCUCCGCUUCACCUAUGGGACUCAGACUCGCGUCAGCCUGGCACUCCCUGGCCAGUAUGAACUAGUGCACACGUUGGUUGCUCACCAGGGCAACUGGGAGACCAUACCUGAGGAGGACCUGGAGGUCCAGGAGGACAGUGAGGAUGCGGCCCAUGUCUUAGCCGAACUGGAGGUGACGAUGCACCACGCCCUCUUACAGGAAGUGGACAUUGUGGUGGCGCCGUGCCAAGGCCUCCGGCCCACAGUGGAUGUUCUGAGUGACUUGGUGAAUGAUUUCUUGCCUGUGAUAACCUAUGCACUCCACAAAGAUGAACUCUCUGAGAGGGAUGAGCAGGAGCUUCAGGAAAUUCGAAAGUAUUUCUCCUUUCCCGUGUUCUUUUUCAAAGUGCCAAAGCUGGGCUCAGAGAUAAUUGACUCCUCCCCCAGAAGAACGGAGAAUGAACGGUCACCACUUCAUCACCAACUCAUUGACCUGGGCUAUCUGAGCAGUGGUCACUGUAACUGUGGGACCCCCAGCCAGGACGCAAAAGCUCAGAGCAUGCUGGUGGAGCAGACUGAGAAGCUGAGACACCUGAGCACGUUUUCUCACCAGGUGCUACAGACUCGCCUGGUGGAGGCAGCUGAGGCCUUGAACCUGGUGCACUGCUGCUGCCUGGACAUCUUUAUCAACCAGGCCUUUGACAUGCAGCGGGACCUGCAAAUUACCCCCAAACGUUUGGAAUAUACACGAAAAAAGGAGAAUGAGUUGUAUGAAUCCCUGAUGAAUAUUGCCAACCGAAAGCAAGAGGAAAUGAAAGACAUGAUCGUUGAGACACUUAACACUAUGAAGGAGGAACUUCUGGAUGAAGCUGCCAACAUGGAGUUUAAAGAUGUCAUCGUGCCUGAGAAUGGAGAACCAGUAUGCACCAGAGAGAUCAAAUGCUGCAUCAGACAGAUCCAGGAACUCAUCAUCUCUCAGCUUAAUCAGGCUGUGGCCAACAAGCUGAUCAGCUCAGUGGAUUACCUGCGUGAGAGCUUUGUUGGUACCCUGGAACGGUGUCUGCAGAGCCUGGAAAAAUCUCAGGAUGUCUCGGUUCACAUCACCAGUAAUUAUCUCAAACAGAUCUUAAAUGCCGCUUACCAUGUUGAAGUGACAUUUCACUCAGGGUCCUCGGUCACUAGGAUGCUGUGGGAGCAAAUCAAACAGAUCAUCCAGCGCAUCACAUGGGUGAGCCCACCCGCCAUUACUACAGAGUGGAAGAGGAGGGUGGCCCAGGAAGCCAUUGAGAGCCUCAGUGCCUCCAAGCUGGCGAAGAGCAUUUGCAGCCAGUUCCGGACUCGGCUCAAUAGUUCCCAUGAGGCUUUUGCAGCCUCCUUGAGGCAGUUGGAAGCUGGUCACUCGGGCCGGCUGGAGAAAACUGAAGAUCUGUGGCUGAAGGUUCGGAAAGAUCACGCCCCGCGCCUGGCCCGCCUGUCUCUGGAAAGUCGUUCUUUACAGGACGUCUUGCUGCAUCGUAAACCCAAGCUGGGACAGGAACUGGGCCGAGGCCAGUACGGUGUGGUGUAUCUAUGUGACAACUGGGCAGGACACUUCCCUUGUGCCCUUAAAUCCGUUGUCCCUUCAGAUGAGAAGCACUGGAAUGACCUGGCAUUGGAGUUUCACUAUAUGAGGUCUCUGCCGAAGCAUGAGCGCCUGGUGGACUUGCAUGGAUCCGUCAUCGACUACAGCUAUGGUGGGGGCUCCAGUGUGGCCGUGCUGCUCAUCAUGGAGCGGCUGCACCGGGACCUCUACACGGGGCUGAAGGCUGGCCUGACCCUGGAGAAACGUUUACAAAUAGCCCUAGAUGUGGUGGAAGGAGUCCGUUUCCUGCACAGCCAGGGGCUUGUCCAUCGUGAUAUCAAACUGAAGAAUGUGCUGCUGGACAAGCAGAACCGGGCCAAGAUCACUGACUUGGGAUUCUGCAAGCCAGAGGCCAUGAUAUCAGGCAGCAUCGUGGGGACGCCAAUCCACAUGGCCCCUGAACUUUUCACAGGGAAGUAUGAUAACUCCGUGGAUGUCUACGCUUUCGGCAUUCUUUUCUGGUAUAUCUGCUCAGGCUCCGUCAAGCUCCCUGAGGCAUUUGAGAGGUGUGCCAGCAAAGACCAUCUCUGGAACAAUGUGCGGAGAGGGGCCCGUCCAGAACGUCUUCCUGUGUUUGAUGAGGAAUGCUGGCAGUUGAUGGAAGCCUGUUGGGAUGGUGACCCUUCUCAGAGACCUCUUUUGGGCAUUGUCCAGCCCAUGCUCCAAGGCAUCAUGGACCGGCUAUGCAAGUCAAAAUUUGAGCAGCCAAACAGAGGACUAGAUGACUCUACUUGAAAGCCAAUACCUUUUAAUUUCAUACUCUUAUUUCUUUCCUUUCCCUCACCUUUUGGCUGUGAGGAGAACUUGACAUUAUUCAUUACAGUGAGCUCUCAAGGGAGCUGUUGGCUGGGCAGCGUGAGACUUUCCCAGGCAGAGCUGUCUUGGGAUGGCUGUUUGAGCAUAUUCAACAGUUCACUACCCCCACCUCCCCAGCUGUCCCUGCAGCACAUUGUCGAGGGCACAUGUAACAGCUGGAGAACGCAGUGCUCUGGCUUUGGAACUGAAAAGAGGGUCCACGCUACCAUGGUCCACUCUGCUCACGGCCGAGUGGGACACCGCAAUGCAAUAGUAUUAAAAGCUAUCAUUUUCAUAAUUUUGACUCUAGUUAGGUAUAGUUUGGUUCUACCGAAUCGUCAGCACCCUUAGAAAAUUUGAGCUUGGUUCUGGGAUUGUUGGGACAUAGGAACAAAAAAAAAACUUGCGGAUGCCUUGUUCCAGCCACCUACACCCAGAUUUCAGGUUGCAAAGGUCAGAGGUCCCCAUGAGGGAGCCAGAAACAAAGCAUGUGCUCUGUACGUGCCAGUGAGUUUACAUAUAUAGAACCACAAAACCUGAUUUUGGGGGGAGGAUUUCACAGUUAAAUUUCCUAGAUGCCACAAGGAAAAAAAUGAACUCUGCAAAUGUGUGAGCACACUAGUGGAUUUUGAGUUACUACUAACCCUUGGACUAGGUUGUUCUUCUCCCCUGGGGUUUUGAAAAAAAAUUUUUUUAAUCUCAAGAUGGGUAAGCACCAAUUAACAUGGUACUUAGGAGUGUCAGAUAAAACUGACCCAGUGUGAAGUAUUUGUUUGGAGCCUCCAGACAAAACCCACUAGGAGGACACUAGUUUGUUUUUUAAACCUAAAAGGUAUCAGAAACUUCUUUCUGUGUUCUAACAACACUGAUAUUUUUAAAACUUAUCAAUGAGAUUUUUAACCAAGAUUUCUUCUGCAAUUUGUCCCAUCUUUUUAUCUUAUCUGAAGUAUCUUAUUAGGGAGAAAAAAACAGAACCAGAUGAGAACACUCUUUGUAGUUGUGUGUGUACUCUCACUGUGUGUGAGUGGGGAGGUUUCCCUUCCUGGCACCUAGGAAGGGGGAUUGUGGUCAUCAGGAGAGUUUGUCAUGAAAUGUCUAUUAGAAGAAAAACUGCAGACAAAAGAAGGGAAACGAACAUUGGUACUUCUCAGAUCUUGGCUUCAAACUUCCCUCAAUCAAAAUGGUCUAUUAGAUUUAGAAAAACAAGUGGGGAAGGAACAGACACAAGUGGGGAACGAACAGACAGUGGAAGUGAGCGGCCUCUGUCCACCGCCUGUGGCCUGGCCCUUCGUGUGUGAAGCAGGUCCCUGAGUAGGCAUGCGCUGAUGGGCAGAUUUGCUGCUGAAAUUUUCUAGGGCUGUUUGUGACAGAAUCGCCAUUCUUAGCUAUUACCAGGGUAUAAUUGGAGUCUAUAAGAACAUUUGCAUGUGACUUUCCAAGUUUCAUUUCAACUCUUUGACUAUCCUGGGGUCUGAUAUGAUACAUUUGAACACAGUUGCCCCCCUCAGCACUUGCAGCUCCACACAGUGCACAUGAUAAAGUGUGCACAUGAUAAAGUGACCCCGUUUGUUUGGGUUCUACAGGCUCCAGCCCUAUUUUGGUGGAAUGUUCAGUAUCUCUUAGAAGUUUGAAAACCUACUUAGCUAUACCUUGAGUCACUCUGUUCUUGUCAGCAUUAGCUCAUUGUCCUUUUAGGGACCCUGAUGGAGCUUCCAGAAGGCCAAACUUGAAGACAAAAAAGGAGAGAUGAGUAGUGUAAGUCUGUUCUGUAUGAAAUUUAGAAAAAGGUCUUAUGUAGUGUCCUUUUCCAGAUGUCUUCUAACCUCACCAUGCACAGGAGCCUGCGUGCUCAUCAUGGAGACCAUAUUCUUACCAUUUUGCAAAGUGCUAACUUCUGUACUCACUCCACUGGGAGGUUUUCAGAGUUCUUUUUCCGUUCAUCCCUGUAGCUGCUUCUGCUCUCAGACACCAGUUUCCUAGCAGAUUACCUACAUUUUUUUGCCUGUUGGUAGGGUAGAAGAGAGGGACCCAUUCUAAGAAAAGAGAAGUAGUCAUAUUCCAGUUCGUUUUAAAAAAAGUAUUCUGAGAAAAGGUGCAAAAUAUCCCUGAAGGUCUACGGGCCAGCCAAAGUCUACAAACUGGUAUUUGGAGGUGUUAUUUAAACACUCAGCGGGCUGAGUGCAGGAAUGUCUGUAUAGUGUGCGUAUACUCUGCUUUUGUUUUAUAACGUCAGCUAAUUUGGAAUCUUUGUUCCUCGGCACCCAUUAUCAGUAAAGAGAUGGAAUGCCAGGAGACGUACUGUAUUGUACCUUACUUGGGAAUACACUGGGUAUUCAGAGAAGUCAGGUAGCACUUGGGCUGCAGAGGACUUGGCAUGGCCAAAGGCCUGCAGGUCUAGCUUUGGUGGUAGCUCCCAACCUGUGAGGUGACUGUGGCUGGGGGAGGAAGAAGGAACGAAUGAAAGAAUUAGCCUUGCUGUGCUCUAUCCUUCUCAGCUACUUACUUAGUACCGCUUAGCCCCACCCUGAACACGAGCACCUGGCCGUUUUUAAUGUUCUCAAAGUCAAGUUACUUACUUUACUUCAGAACUGAAUGGUGACGAAUCUUUCUGCCGGGCAGUGAGGAGAAAUGCUGGGGGCCCGGCACAGUGGCUGACCCUGUGGCCAGGCAGCUAGCAGCAGGUCAGCGUGGGUGGGGUCUCCACAGAUGCCCUAGUUCCCUUCAUCCUCUGCAGAGGGGUUCAGGGGCUGACUGGAAGGAGACUGUACUCGUCUUCCCCAGACCAAAGAGAGUCAGCGGCUCCAUCGAUUUCAAGGGGGCAGACGCCAGACUGCAGCCUCCUCAUUUUUAACACUACAUUUCAAGGAAAGAGAGGAGGAAAGGAUACAUUCCUGCCACAGAAUUGGGGGGAUGGUCGGGCUCCCACCGUUGGCAGUCAGCUCAGAUGCAUUUUUGUGUCUCUGCUAGAGCUACCAAAGGGAGGCUGGGCAAGUUCCCUGAGGAGAGAAGUGGCUUGGGGAAUGGGGUGGCAGGACCUCGGAGUGUGAGCUGCACUGAGUGACACUUUAUUUCUCGGAUUUAGCACUGAGAAGCUGAGGGGACGUGGUGAUUGUAGUAGCACUUUGAGGAAUAGAGGCCCCUUCUGCCCUUGCCUGGACGAGGUGGUGUGCUUGGUGUCCCGACUGGCUGAUCAGGGACCCUUUGUCCUCACUCUGUCAGAGCAGGGUAAGCAGGACAGAGUGGCAAGAGCUUGUUGCCAGAAGAGUAGCUGUUUUCAUUGAGUUUUCAAAACUUGAUUUUUGGGGUUUGCUGGAUCAAAUAACCAACCUUUUCUUUAAAAGGAAAAAAAACCAGAGUAUCCUUCUAAAUAUGAGAUGUUAUUUAAAUUAGAGUUUUAAAAACCUGGAUAGGGCUAGUGUGAUGUUAAAGUGGGUAAGAAGAGAAACCUUGAGAAACUAGUAUAGUGGGUAGUCACUUCGUUGCAGCCAUGCCAGUGUUAUUCACGGGCCCACCUGCCCUCUUAAGUCCUUUCACUCACUAGUCACAGUCUCCAGGAGCCGUGAUGGCGCUGAGUGAGGAUUUACUGUAUGGCAACCUCCCUUGGGGGUUAACUAGCACUACUGUUCUUAAAAGGGCUUUAUUUCUCACUUCAUCCACUUUGUUAAUGUCCAGUCCAACUGAGGUGACUGCAGAGACCGUGAGCGCCCUGUGUGGCGAGGCAACUUAUUCAGAUGAUCGAAAGGAAAAUUGGUUUGAUCCACUCAUUGUCUUUCGUCUUUAUGUAAUGUUCUUUUGUUUGUUUUAAAGAACUAAUGUUUAUUACAGUGUUAAAUCACAGUUACCAUACUAAGUGUGUAGAAUAAAAGUGCAAUAACACGAGAAAAUUACGUUGGCACAAACUUAGGUCCUUACACUCCUCCUUCUUGUGCUUUCUGGCUUUCCCCAUAAUAUUGUUACAGCAGGCCCCUGUCAAUUGUGUGUAUUUUUAAUAGAUACAGCUAUGGGUUAAAUCUCCAUUUAGCAUAAUUUUGAAUGCUUGGAUUUGGUUUUAUAAGAGUAUUCUGUAUACUUGUUGGGAUGCACAAAUACCAGACAUGCUGUAUAAUAAAGAUUCCGUUGACGUUUUAGGUUUAAAUCUGCUUGGCUUUUCUUUUUCCUGACCUCACUUCCGGUGUUAACAGGACGCUCCUUCCAACCCUUUUCCACUGGGGCCUCUGCGGGCAGAUGACUUUCAGUUUGCCUGAGGAAAAGUUGAUGGAACGUGGAACCCUCCUGUGGGGCUU